AUGUAAAAAGGUGUUACUUCCCACAGUCCCAGUUCAGAACAUAGCCAUACUGAGCCUAGAGAAACAUCACUGCCAAAAUUCGAGUUUGAAUAUCCUCAUUCCUGUUAUGGGGUGGUAGUUCAAAGCACAAAAAAUUCUAACAAACUGAACUAAUUGCUGAUUCAUCAAGUGAAUCUCUGCUUCCACCUUAUCGUAUUUUAAAAUCAAGGAGAAGAAGUUAAAGAAGUAAUAAACCGAAAAGUGCUUGUUAGUAGGAAAUUCGUUGCAUCAAAUAGCCAAGAAAAUUAUAAAACCUAAAAUUUCAUAUCAACCAAACAUAUUUCCUUUGAAGGCUUUAAAACCAAAAUAGUGAAAAGUAAAAUCAAUGGAAUUUUUUUUGAUGAUGAAAAUAUCCCAAUGAUCUUGAAUUUCAACUUAAUAAUGCUAAUUUAUGAACCUAUUAUAAUUCAAUUAACUUGUCAAAUAACUUUUAUAUUGAACCUACUAUCCACUCUUAUAAAGCCUAUAUUGGUAAAGGUAAUAAUGGACAACUAGUAUAGUGGAUUUUAAAAAAAGAUGAUGGUCGUCAGUUGUUGA